AUGUCGUGUCCGUUCCGGCGCAUGUCCAGCCAGGGCCCGACAGCGGCAUCUGGAAAAGCGGCUCCCCUGCAGCGCCAGAGUUCCGUGCAGCCGAGCAGUGCUAUCGACAACGAGGUCGCCGUGCCGGAGGACACCCUCAACCUGAAGCAUUUGAGCGACGCGAUUCAAUUGCUCACGUCGCCAGCGAAUGAAAAACUGCAAGAAGCCGUUGAAUCAUUGUUGCUAAAAAAUAACAAUUUUACAAGAUUUCUCGACAAGUUACCAAAAGAUGUGGAUAAUAAUCCAAAUUAUGAUUAUUUGGAAGAUGUUCGCAUAGCUGUUUCCAGUGAAGAAGGCAUAGAAGGGGACCAAUUUAUAUACAUGAUAGGAGAAGAAAUUAUAACAAUAGCAUGCAGAAAUAGAGUAACCGAACGCGCCCUGAAAGCUCUCGGGCCUGAUCUUCGGGGAUUUUUGGCAACAUUAGACGGUGUGCAUGACGUCUUGCAACUUCAGCAGACGCAGUCUGACCAGACAGAUGCGGGUUUUGUUUGUGCAGGUCCUGGUGAACUGCUAUUUACCACAGAUCGACCUACCGUGGCUUCUUUACUGGUGGGGUGUCUUCGCGCUGUUGCCUAUUUACUUUACAACACGAAAGUGGAAGUACAGAUGCAUCCAACUUCUGAAGAUCCUAGAACGUUCAGUGUGCAGAAAAAACUUAUCAUCGAUGAUAUUUGUCCUGAAAGUGUCCAUAUGAGAAAGCUGUCUACAAAUGCUAAUGAUCUGCAGAUUGGAGUCGCAAGUUUCUGCAAAGCGUUUCCCUGGCAUUUCAUUAUGGAUAGAAAAUUGGAACUGGUACAACUGGGUGCUGGUUUUGCGAGAGUUUUUGGAGCAGAUGUCAUUCGAGCUGGUCGAAGAGCCGAAAAUUAUUUUCGUUUUGUUCGACCUUGCGGACUAGCGAUGAAUUUUCAGGAAAUUAAAAAACGGACCAAUACGCCAUUUGUAGUUGCCUUGGAACCACCACCCGGGCGUGGACAAUUUCCUGUUAUGGGAUUAGAGCUGAAAGGCCAGAUGGUGUUUUGUCCAGAAAGUGAUUGCUUGAUGUUUGCUGGUUCACCAUUCUUGAACGGAUUAGAAGGUUUAACAGGUCGCGGUUUGUUUUUAUCAGAUAUUCCACUUCAUGACGCUACAAGAGAUGUUAUAUUAGUAGGAGAACAAGCUCGAGCUCAGGAUGGUCUCAGAAGACGUAUGGACAAAUUGAAAAACUCAAUAGAAGAAGCAAAUUUAGCAGUAGACAAAGAACGAGAGAAAAAUGUGUGCUUAUUACAUUUAAUCUUUCCUCCUGAUAUAGCAAAAAAACUUUGGCUCGGUGAAGCGAUUGAAGCAAAAACGCACGACAACGUUUCAAUGUUGUUCAGCGAUAUAGUUGGCUUUACGUCGAUUUGCUCCACGGCGACCCCGAUGAUGGUUAUUGCUAUGUUGCAGAGCCUUUACAACCAGUUUGAUAUAAUUUGUGGAAAUUUGGAUGUUUAUAAGGUAGAAACGAUAGGAGAUGCUUAUUGCGUCGCUAGUGGAUUACAUAAGCCGAGUGCAACCCACGCUCAACAGAUUGCUUGGAUGGCAUUGACCAUGAUCGAAACGUGCUCAAAACAUCAGACACACGAUGGACAAGCUAUAAGGAUGCGGAUUGGUUUACAUACUGGAACUGUUUUGGCGGGUGUUGUUGGAAAGAAAAUGCCACGUUAUUGCCUUUUCGGGCAUAACGUGACGAUCGCAAACAAAUUCGAGUCGGGAAGUGAGCCUUUACAAAUCAAUGUCAGCCCGACAACACAGAGGGAUCUUGUAAAGAUGCCAGGAUUCGAAUUGACCCCACGAGAUCGUUCUUGCCUGCCUAAAGAACUGCCUUCUAGCAUUUCAGGAACAUGUUAUUUUCUAACUGGAUAUAAACACAGCAGUUUACCAGAAGACGCAGGUUUACAACAGCAUAUAAAUGCUGCUUUAAAGGAACUGGGCAUCAGUUCGUGA